AUGGAGGUGGUACGUCGAUCACUGGGAUUUGAUAAGGUUUGGGGUGCACUAAAUAACAAGGUCUGGGUUUUCUGGUUUAAUGAGAUGGCAGUGAGCUUCAGGGAACUGGCCGAACAACUUCUUCAUAUGCACAUUGUUUUCUCUUCGGGCUGUUCGGUUCAUUUUUCGGCAAUUUAUGCCCGAUGUUCCAGGGUGGGGCGCCGCGAGUUGUGGGCAGCAAUGGAAGGUUUGUCGGGUGAUGUAUGUGGCCCAUGGUUAUUGGCAGGGGAUUUUAAUGUUAUUUCCAGUUUGGAAGAGCGAGUGGGGGGGUCCCCGGCGAAUCAAAGAAAUAUGGAGGAAUUUAAUGAGUCGAUUGGAAUUUGUGGGUUAGCGGAGGUGCCUUUCGAUGGUGCUGCUUUUACAUGGACGAAUGGGAGGGUGUGGCAACGAUUGGAUAGGGCAUUGAUGAAUCGGGAGUGGGCUGACGGGUAUGAUCUAUCGCAUGUCUCACAUUUGGCCAGGGGCCGUUCGGAUCACGCUCCUUUGCUGAUAUGCUGUCGGAAUGGAAGUCCUCCCAAACGCUCAUUUAAGUUCCUGAAUGUUUGGCGGGGCCAGCCUGGGUUUAAGGAGGUGGUCAAGCGAUGUUGGGAGAAGUCGGUGGAGGGAGAGGGGAUGCCGAAGUUCUAUAAUAAAUUGAGAGAGGUGAAGGGUGGUCUACAGGUCUGGAAUGCCCAGGUUUUUGGAAAUAUCUUCAACAAUGUAAAGCAAGCUGAGGCCAUGAUGAAACAGCGAGAAGAGGAUUUUGACACAGGCCAAGAUCCUGCGUCCAGGGCUUCACUGGAGGAGGCCAAGGCGGUUUAUGCACGGGCCUUGGCUGUGGAAUGUGAGUAUUGGAGACAGAAGGCGGGUAUCAAAUGGUUACAGGUGGGGGAUGCUAAUACGGCAUAUUUCCACUCGCGUUAUAGGCAGCGACGGAAUUGCAAUUUUGUGGCUCGCAUUAAGGAUGCGACAGGAGCAUGGUUGGAGGAUGAACAAGACAUUCGGAGGUCAGCAGUGGAGUUCGUGUCCUCCUUGUUUACUUCUGAGCAGAAUGGGGGGCAACCUCCAACGAUUCCCUUCACGCUACCACAGCUUUCGGAAGAGGAUAAUGGGAUGCUUUCUGCGCUCCCUGAGCUGGCAGAAUUGCGAGAGGUGGUUUUUGGUUUGGAGGCUGAUAGUGCACCGGGGCCUGAUGGAUUUGGAGCAGGUUUUUACCAGGAUUGCUGGGAGUGUAUUAAGAUGGAUUUGCUAGAGGCGCUGAAGGCAUUUUUCCAAGGUAUGGGGUUACCUAGGAGUUUUACUAGCACAUCUAUUGUUCUCUUGCCUAAGAUCGCAGGUGCCAUGUGCUGGAAGGAUUUCCGGCCAAUUAGUCUUUGCAACACUUGCUCCAAAAUUAUUUCAAAAUUGGUUGCUCGUCGGUUGGGGAGAGUACUCCCGACAUUAGUUUCACCGUGGCAAACGGGCUUUGUUUCGGGACGGGGGAUAACGGAUAACAUUCUACUCACCCAGGAGUUGGUGAUGGAUUUAGAUAGGCGAUUGCGUCAUCCGAACAUCAUGCUAAAAUUGGAUAUGGAGAAGGCUUAUGACAGGGUCGAGUGGCCAUUUCUGUUGUUUAUGCUGAGGCAAUUUGGCUUUCAGGAACGGGUGGUAGAUAUUUUCUAUAGGUUGGUGUCCAAUAAUUGGUUUUCGGUCUUGGUUAAUGGUGAGCCUGCUGGUUUUUUCAAGUCGUCCCGGGGUGUUCGGCAGGGGGACCCGGUGUCGCCUGGGCUGUUCGUGUUAGUGACCGAAUUUUUGGGUCGUGGCCUGCACCAUUUGUUGGACUGUCGGCCGGGAAGGUUCUUUGUCUCGGCCGGGACUCAGGUUCCUUAUCUGGCUUUCGCGGAUGACAUGCUUGUUUUUACCCGAUGUUCCGAAGAAUGUCUGAGUGCAGUCAAGGUUUUUCUAGAGGGGUACCAACAGGUAUCAGGCCAACGGGUGAAUGUCAAUAAGAGUGCCUUUUUCUUGGCGGUGGGAGCCACUAUGGGGCAGGAGCAGAUGGUAGCGAGGGUCCUGGGCUUUCAUAGGGCUUGUUUCCCUUUUACGUAUUUGGGUGCCCCUAUUUAUAAAGGGCGCCGGCUAAGUUCGCUGUUUGAUGGUCUUGUGGCUAAAAUGAGGGACCUUCUUGGGCACUGGAGUACUAAGAUGCUAUCUUUUGGGGGUAAGCGGGUUUUAGCUCGGCAUGUUCUUUCUUCGCUGCCGAUGUAUUUGCUUCAGGUGUUGAGCCCUCCUAAGGCGGUGAUCACACGUUUGGGCAUCAUUUGUAACUCCUUUUUGUGGGAUUGUAGAGGGGAGAAGCGUCUCCAUUGGGCCGCAUGGGAAAAGCUGUGUUUCCCUACUGAUGAAGGGGGUCUGGGUUUUAGGUCGUUUAAGGACAUGGCUCGGGCUUUUGCAGCUAAGCUAUGGUGGCGUUUUCGAAGUGGAGACUCCAUUUGGGCGGAAUUCAUGCAUGCAAAAUACAGUAAUGGAUGUCAUCCUUUGGCGGCCUCGUCUGUCCGGCCUUCCCAUACUUGGAGACGUCUUGAGGCGAUUAGGAGUUUGGUGGAGCCCAACAUUAGGUGGUGUGUAGGGGAAGGUCUGGUGGAUUUUUGGAAGGAUAGAUGGGCUUUGAAUGAGCCUUUGGAAGAUGUGGUGGAUGGAGCAGAGCAGCCGCAUUUUCUGGUUUCGGAGUUUUUGACGAAUGAGGGCUGGGAUGAGGUUCGUCUUGGCCAAUGGCUUCCGGAUUCGGUUAUCAGUGUAAUCAAGGACGUUCCAUUUGAUGUUUCUCAGAAGGAUAGAUUGGUUUGGUUGCCUUCUACAUCGGGGUUGUUUACGGUGAAAUCGGCUUGGGAGGUGCUACGGCAAUGGAGGUGUCCUUCCUUGGUCGACUCACUCCUUUGGCAGCCAGCUUUGCCGGCCAAGAUGUCGUUCUUAGCGUGGCGUUUGGUGCGGAGUUUUAUCCCUUUGGAUGUGGUGUUGAGGUCACGGGGACUGGUGGUUCCUUCCAGGUGUGGGUGUUGCUUUGCGGAGGAGGAGGCUCUCUUGCAUGUGUUUGUUUCAGGGCCGAUUGCAUCGGAGGUAUGGAAGAGAAUGUCUAGCCGGUUUGGGUUUCAGUUGAGCAACUGCACAAGCAUGGCCGCGGUGUUUAUCGCAUGGUUUCUGACGUCUGAGGCUUUGUUGAAAACCCAUAUUAGGGUGCUCAUUCCAAUUGUGGUGUGCUGGCUUCUCUGGCUGGCAAGAAACCAGGAGCGUUUUCAAGGAGGGCGUUGGGAGGUCAACAGGAUUAUUCGCGAGGUGGAUAGUUUUAUGGAACAGUUGGGGAGGGCAAAUAAGCUUUGUCGGUCCCAGUUCUCAGGUGAUGCCGAUUGUGAGUUGCUUCGGUGGGUCAGAGGGUCUCCGAGGCGACAUUCCCCAUGUGCGAUUGCCUGGGAAAGGCCGCCCUUUGGGGAGUUUAAGUUUAAUUCGGACGCCAGUGUGCUUCAAGGGAGGGCCACGGGGGGUGGGUUGCUGCGUGACUAUCAGGGGAAGUUGGUUUUUGCCUUCUAUAAGGAGUUCGGGGAUCAGGGGGUGUUAGAGGCAGAGUGUAUGGCAUUACUCUGUGGGUUGCAGUUGUGUCUACAACGGGGAGUGUAUCCUUCAUUGAUUGAGGUUGAUUCCAAGGCCUUGGUGCAGUUGGUUGUCUCUGGGGCGAUUGCGAAGUGGCCUCUUUGUAACAGUUUAAGGAAGGUGAGAGGUCUGCUGGAGGUUUUUUCGGCUGCCAUUUCAUAUGUAUAUCGGGAGGCCAACGUACCCGCAGAUAGGCUUGCAGCGGUUGGGUUAAGUGGCUCUCAGGUUUAUGAGCAGGGACGCCAGUUGCCGGCGGUUGUUCGGUCUGCCAUUUUACUGGAUUCACGGGGAGUGCCAGGGGUAAGGUGGUUAGCGGAGGAUGGCUAG